GACACAUUCAUUAGAUCUUCAAGUCCUAGACACUUCUGUUCGAGUUCUUCAAUCUUUUAUUAGGGUUUUCACCUCUUCGCCCAAAUCGGAAGAUUUUUACUCCGCACCGGAACAUGAACGGAAUACAUCCCGGCGUGAAGGUACUGAAGCCGGAAGAGAUGAGUGCGAAAGAAGAUUGGUUGUCAAUUGUUAAGGGAUUCGAACGUGAAGAAGUCGAUGAAUUAUUGUCUCAAACGUUUUGCGGCCACUGCGAGCGUCUUCUUCAUGACCGUGUUCUGUCCAUAGCUAACAGAAAACGCGCGAAGAAAUUGUCAAUAUCGAGUGUGGAUUCUACUCAAUCUGACGAUAUUCCGGAUGGAUGUUUAGAAUCUUGUAUACAAGUAUCUUUGAACAAUAACGGGUCUUUUAAAUCUCCCGGAAACAUUCACUCAGGAAGUCCGAAAAGCUAUGUUGACAAGAUAUCCCCAGCGUUAAUGGACUACAAGGGCGUAACGUCAUUAAGUCUAUCAAGAUCCGGUACAUCGCUUGAAAAUGGAAUGCAUGAAAAUUCUCCCCGAGAAAAUGAAUUGCAGGCUGAGGAACAGAAGGAGAGGUUAAGGUUUCUCAAUGUUGGAAGAAAGACCAACUUUACACACUUUGAGAGGGUUAACGGGAAGAACAUAAAUGUGGUUCAAGGGCUUGAGCUACACACUCAAGUCUUCAGUGAUGAGGAGCAAAAGAAGAUUGUUGAGUCCGUGUAUGAAUUUCAACGCAUGGGCCAAAAGGGGCGACUUAGAGAGCGGACAUACACAGAACCUUCAAAGUGGAUGCGGGGAAAAGGGCGUAUUACAAUUCAAUUUGGCUGUUGCUAUAAUUAUGCAGUGGAUAAAAAUGGGAACCCUCCAGGCAUAAUUAGAGACGAAGAAGUCGAUCCCCUACCUCCGGUAUUCAUAGAUAUGAUCAAAAGGUUGGUGAGGUGGCACGUUCUACCUCCAACAUGUGUCCCUAAUAGCUGCAUCGUGAAUAUAUACGAAGAAGGGGAUUGCAUUCCUCCACAUAUUGAUCAUCAUGACUUUCUCAGACCAUUUUGCACCAUUUCGUUUUUGACCCAAUGCAAUAUACUAUUUGGUUCAAAUCUCAAGAUUAUCGGCCCUGGAGAGUUUGCAGGCCCGUUUUCCAUACCUUUACCUAUCGGGUCAGUACUCGUGUUAAAGGGUAACGGAGCUGAUGUCGCCAAACAUUGCGUUCCAGCAGUACCAGCCAAAAGUGUUCUGUUGCAGAAUUUCUAUCACUUUCAGGAAAAUGGACGAGAGCAAGAUUCCUUACAGUUACUCACCUGAUCCCGAGCUACGGGGUGUGUCGCCUUUGACCAUAACACCACUCAAAUCACAAUCACAACAAAAGGAGAUCAACGCUAAAGAAACAUCUCAUGUUUCGGUUCCUGUUCGGGUUGUUUCAAAACAAAGCAAGCCGUCUCUCUUUAAUGGAGAAGAUGAUUUCCCACCACUGGGAGCUGCAGUUGGAAGCCGGCAUUCGGGUCAUAAGAAGAAUGUUUCCAAGGCUUAAUGUUUGUGUCUAUAAGCUGCUGGCAAAUUUCCUUGGGUUUUAAUUGGUAUUCGAUUGGACCUUAAUUUCAUGGUUAUUUGUUAUGAUUUUUUGUUGUACAUCAGAUUAAUAAUCAUUUGAUGAAAAAUAACCUUUGUAUGAAUUAAUGAAGUAUAGUGGACAAUAAAAUAGCUAUUUAUGAAUUA